AUGUUCAAGGUGAGUUUCAGUGGGCUGCGCGAGCGCGACGUCGCCAGUGAUCUCAAGAAAUCCCUUUUCUGUAUCUGGUUCCAGCUGGUGGUGAUCAUACUGUGCUUCGCCACGCUGCUGGUUUCCACCGCUGGGACCGCUGGGCUGAAGAAAGACGAGUAUGAGAUCAGUAUCAAGCACGGUUCGUUCGCCGUCCACCAGCGGCACGUGAACGCGGAGGGCACGUCGCGCUCGGGACCAUCAGCGCCUACGCUUGCCCCCGGAAGUGCCACCGGAAGUGCCGCUGGAAGUGCAAGUGCUGGAGGUGAAAGUGCAGCGUUGCCGAAGGAGGGUGAGCGCAUCUCGACGACACUUUCGGUGCCCCGACCGACGGUGCAAAGUGCGAAAGGAUCAUCCGAAGGGUCCGCGAGUGGACGAAAGCCAAUGAAAAGCAUCGAGUUUGGAGCUGAACCUCCUACUGGAUCGGGUCGCAGUUCGUCCUACCAAAAAGUAGAGUACUACGGAGCGUCCGGGGAUGCCAAGGAGACGACCGUGCAGUCAUCGCAAGACUUCUACAAUACACCGCAGCUGCGAGAUCGUGGACCGGUGCGGUUUGCCAGCAGUACGACAAGCACGACAACAGCGAAGCCGCUACCAGGCAAACGGUAUAAGUCGAUCCCAAAGAGCGCCGUAGAGCAGAACGAAGAGAUCUACCUGUUGCUAAAGUACGAGCAUCCCCGGAAGCCGGCAGAAGAGGCUCGCAAGGCUGAGGAAACGAUCAAGGAAUCACGUCCAGAGUCGGUGAAGGCGAGUGAACUUAAACAAGGAAAAGGUCGUCAGAACGCAGAAUCUCAGGACGAUGACUUCCUGCAGGAAGGUCUCCGAGCUGGUGGAAGCUUCACGACUGUCGGUUAUUAUGUAAGCGAUGCAGAAACGACAACGACAACACCAAUGACUCCUACGGCCUCGAAGGGCGUCGAUACAUUGGCAACAGUGGCACCAACAGGACGUGGUGCUUCCAACAGACUGCGCAACAGCUACGGAGAUUACAUCGGUGGUGAUUUGAGGGAUUUUGAAGACGCAAUUCGCCCGAUCGAGGAGAACGUCGACGAAACAGCCGGAUCGGGUGAAGAAGAAGAUGGCGAAGAUGUCACGGAUGGCGACGGUGAGAACAAUGGACCAAUGGAAAUCGACGGAGAUGUUGACGUGAUCGAGAUGACCAGGAUCCUGGCAGGUCGACAAGGAGGUCUCACGAUAGCUGAGUUCAACCGAUUGUUCAAGGACUACCUGAAAAAGGAGAUAUCCGUGCAGGAUCUAGAAGACUUCAAGAAGCUCGAGCAGGGUGAAGAACCCGCAAAGGAAGACCCCGUAGCCACCGAUCCCACGAAGUCCUUCGACAUACGGGAGGAGAACGGUAAGAAGACGCAACAGAAGACUGGUCAGAGUCUGGCAGGACCUACUGCGGCACAAAAACAGCAGCUCGAUCGGCUAAAAGUGCUCAUCAACAAGGGAUCGCUCAAGGCAGGCCGCAAGGAUAAGGUGGUCAAGAUCGGGUACGGUGGCUCGAAGUCGUACCAGGGUGUGUACAAAUCGCAGAAGUUCCUGGAGAAGGUCAAAUCGGAGCGCACGCCGACGCUGACCGAUGGAUUGUGGGGUGGGUCAGAAUAUAGGCAACAGCAACCAAUGCGCGAGAUCGGACCGAUGGCGUACGUGGACAAUCCUGUGUUUGGGUUUGUACCCGGAGGAAGAUCACGCAAGGUCGAUGGGCAGAAGCCGAUUGGAGCAAGCCCUCAGGGUGGACAGAGCUACGUAAAGUUCCAGAAAAUCAGCUGA